CAGCGCUUUACUACGAGCUGCAGCACUCAUGACAACAGAAACCUCCCUACAAAGUAUGAGAGCAAACUGCGAGGGCAUUUCACUGCUUGGUACGACAUACUUUUACGUUUUCGUUUAAUAAACAGAGCGAAAACACUCCCGGGGGAGAAAACAACAUUUUGAAAUCUUCAUCUUCUUUUGUAGAGGAGGAUUUUUUGGGGUGAAAAGGCGAAAAAAAGCACCGGCGGCAGCGUCGAAGAAGUUCGUUUUUUUUGGAAGAAACCAAGAACACCACAGAAGAAGAGCACAUGAAGCUGUUGCAGAGCACACGGAGCCGCGUAUUUGUAUGAGUUGUGUUACAAGUGUCAGACGCGGACAGAGGAGACUCAUCCUCGGGUUUAUAGCUGCUGGCAUCUGGCUGUAAUAUCACUCAGACCAAUAAAAGUGUCCCGGAGAAGGACGGGACUGCGGGGAGUGGCGGGUGGAGCGGUGUGGAGCUGCUGACUGAAGAAACACAGAGAGCCGUUCUCCACACCUCCCUGCACCUUCAGGGGAGAUAGUCAGAUGUGUACCCGGCACUCAAAGCCCCUGGCCUGGCCGCAGGGAUGGCAGCCUCUGCCCUGAACGGCCUUGGAGUCAUGAACAGCAGUAAUCAGUUUCACACCCAGCCAGGCUCCUCUAGCACCGCCGCUCGAACCAGAACCAGUCCUGUGGGUCGACCAGUGCUGCCUGUUCCUGAUCGGAGCACCUUCUGUCCGUUACUGGGAGGGGGGGCGCCGGGCGGAGGUCUCUACAGCCCAACCAGCCCUAAGAGCCCUCGAACCCUGGGUGGGACUUUUGUCUUCGCUCCUUCGUCCUCUCUGUCCCCCAGCCCCACAUCCCGCGCCCGCUCUCCCUCCCCUCGAACCCCGGAGCUCCUGGGAGUCAAUGUGGGCCAGCGGGUCCGCCGACUAAGCUCCUCCGGCGGCGAGGAGAGAGGGGAAGGAGAAGGGCAGGAGGAGAGGGGUGGAGGAGAGACGGGAGGAGGGGAGAGGCGAGAGGAAAGGAGACGCCAGGCGCAGCUGCUGCAGAUACACAGAGAGCUGCAGAACGUGGAGGUCAGGGGAAAAGUGGGCAUUUUCGAGGCUCACAUUUCCGGGAUUCGUGCCCAAGUGCUUAACACUGAGCUCCAGCGCAGCCCUCGGUCUCCAAGACGAUCGUCGGGCCAAACCCCCUCCGAUCCCAAGCAAGGAAACACAGACUUUAAAUGCCCAAUGACCGACCCGCAAGAGAGUAAAGCUCCUGUUGUCGUCCAAAAUGGAAGAGCACGGGAGGAAGAAACUAUGGAAGGAGGAAGGAGAGGAGAUGAGGAGGAUAGAACAACAAACACAGACAACAAGACACUGAUUGGUCAAAAUGGCAACCAUUCAGAAACAACAAUGCAAACUCCAUGUUUAGACGGACUGUGUGUCAUUCAAGGCUCCCUGGAGACGUUAAACCCAGAGGCAAGAAAGGGAGAUAAAGGCGAAGGAGAUCUAAAACACAAACAAAUGUUGGGAGCUGAAAGAGAAAGGACAGAAGGAGAAGUAAGAGAUGAGAAAGAGGACAGGUCUUGCCUUGAGAUGUCGCUCCAGACAGAGGGGGACAGGUUGGAGGUUAAACCAGAUAUGGAUGCUUUUCCUGAGGCACAAAGCAGUGAGAGCACCCCCUGUUUAAUGGACACCGAUAACACCUCCAACCACUCUCCCUCCAUCCCUGCUGUCAUAAUAACUGACCACGGUUUGGACAGCCAGGUUCAAACUCAUGAGAACCUCGGCUCAGACCAGGGGCUUGGCUUCACCCCGAGCCCCAGUUCGAGCCCUGUCCCCGGAUCAAACUUCUCCACCCGCUCCCUCAGGAAGCUGUCGUCCUCCUCGGCCUCUUCGGCCGGGUUCUCCUCCUCCUGGGAAGAGUCGGAGGAGGAUAUUUCCAGCGACACAGAGAAGGGAGACCAGCUCCUCAACCCUGCAGUCCUCACUUCUCAACAGAGAGCGCACAAGUCUUGGAAGAAGAUAAAGAACAUGGUGCACUGGUCACCGUUUGUCAUGUCCUUCAAGAAGAAAUAUCCCUGGAUACAACUGGCAGGGCAUGCAGGGAGUUUCAAGGCGGGUGCUAACGGCCGUAUAUUAAAAAAACACUGUGAUUGUGAGCAGCGAUGUUUGUCCCUCCUGAUGAAGGAUGUGCUACGCCCGUACGUCCCUGGUUACCACGGAGAUGUGGAAAAGGACGGCCAGAAAUACAACCAGAUGGAGGACCUGCUGGCUGAGUUCGACUUCCCGUGUGUGAUGGACUGCAAGAUGGGAGUGAGGACCUACCUCGAGGAAGAGCUGACCAAGGCUCGUAAGAAACCCUCCCCGAGACCGGACAUGUAUCAGAAAAUGGUCGAGGUUGAGCCUGAUGCGCCUACGCCCGAGGAAAACCUCCUGAAAGUAGUGACCAAACCCAGAUACAUGCAGUGGAGGGAGACCAUAAGCUCAACCGCCACCCUGGGAUUCAGGAUAGAGGGCGUCAAGAAGGAGGACGGGACGGUGAACAGAGAUUUCAAGAAGACGAAAACGAGAGAGCAAGUUACUACAGCCUUCCAUGACUUUGUCAAAGGAAAUAAAGACAUACUGAACCUUUAUCUUAAAAGGCUGGAGGAAGUCAAAGAAACUCUGGAAAUCUCCCCAUUCUUCAAAACGCACGAGGUGAUUGGCAGCUCCUUGUUAUUUGUUCACGACAGUAAGGGGCGGGCCAAAGUCUGGAUGAUCGAUUUUGGGAAAACCACGCCUCUUCCUGAGGGGCAAGAACUGACCCACCGAGCACCGUGGGAAGAGGGCAACAGAGAAGAUGGCUACCUGUCUGGACUUGAUAGUUUGGUGGACAUCAUUUUAUCCAUGGCGAACUCUGAGACUUGAAGUCUGAAGGUUUAAAAACCAAUUGAACUUUUGGACACACGACAAACACUUCUUUUCAUUCUUCUUCUCUCUCUGGAACACUUUUGACUUCCUCAAGGAUUCCUCCACAGACAUUUGUCUGUUGGAAACCACAUCACCCCAUAACAACCUUUGGCCUAAUCCAUUUAGGGAUGCAACCUUUUUAUUAAUAUCCAGUCCCCUCAAGUGAUAUGCCUUUUUCUCAACAAACGUUUGAACUUUUACUGUAUUUUUUCUGCUAUCACAAAGAAGUUGUCCUUAAAACAAAAAAAAAAGGCUAAGGCUAAUAUUUCAAACAAACAAACAUAAAAACACCAAAAACAACAAUGUUAGUUUCUCUUUAAAUAUCUAUCCAAGCCAAUUUAAUCCUGCUAAAGAUAUAAAUAUGUAUAAAAAAUUGACAUGAUCACCAAUAUGUUUUGUUUUCUUUAAAACAGCUGGGCUCUAGUUUUUCGAAAAACCACAUUCAAACAGGAAUAAACUAAAAACAAUGGCAAAAAUUGUGGCCACCAAAAGUGACAAGGAUUGAGUACUAUGGUAAAGAGAUUUAUGAUUUAUCGGGCUUUGGACACAGGGAAACACAUACAAGGUCAAUUAAUUGUUGUUUUUGGUCGUUUUGAGGGGAUUUGUUAAAAAAUGAACGUGUUUGUAGUUUCUAAAUUCCUGACCUUGGCGCCCCCUGGUGGUUGCAGCAAAGAAUAUGAUAUCAAUUUGAAAGUUGCUGUAAAAUCACAUAAUAAUUGUACAUGCAGUCACUUUAAAAAUGCAAGUCCGAACCCCCAAUUGUUAUGUUGAAUGUGUUGAUAAAGGAACACUUCAGCUCUCAUGACAUGUAAUGACUGUUAAACUGAUUCCAACGUAACAUAGACAUACCGCCAUUCAGUCAGACUUUGAUUGUAAUUCUUCCUCAGCAAUUCUGAAUUGAAUUGGAUUGGAUUGUUUGUCUGUUUUGACCACAACACCACAUUGCCAUUUUCCUUUAAAAAACAACAUGCACUUCAUUACAUUUUCACCAUUAGAGGUUGUACAGUUGAAUGGGUUUUGCAUUGGAAAACUAAACUAGUCCUUUAGCUGAUUUUAACCUGUAUUUAACCAGCCACAGUUAGAAUUUAGAGUUGGAGCUAAAUUAUAAAUCUCACAGUAGUUUCAGUAUGUUAUAGAGAUAAUUGUUUUUAUAUUUAACAUUUUUUUCAGCCAUCUUGGUGUCUAUACUGUAGUACUUCCCUGGCCAAACACUUCUUCUAACCAUUGUUACACUCUGUAUCUUGGGAUUGUUCACAUUGUACAAUAAGAUUUAUUAUGUUUGAUUGUAGAUUUUGUAACAUUAUUCUAGUGAACUCAAAUCCUGUGGAACACUUACAGCCAUGAACAAUCUUAUUUAAGCUAUACAGUGCCUUGACAUUACAAAGCCAAGUCAGACAGAUGAAAAUAUGUUUUUAUUUUAAAUGUUAUGACGGACUUUACUCCAAGUCUUAACUGUACGUAGUUUUGGGUGCAUGUUUAUUAUUCUCUUGAAGUGUGGGUUUAACUUGUAUUUCAUUCUGUUUUUAUUUAUAACAUUAUAUUGUGUUGUUUUUUUUAGUUAAUGGGAUACUGUGACAUCUUGAAUUUUGGGCUGUUAUGCUGUUUUGUCUUCAGGCAUGUGUUACAAUAUGAGUGGAAGUCUGUGGGGCAAGUCGCUGACAUUGACCACCUUGUUCAGAACAUUGGAAGUGUCUAUAGGAAAGAUCAAUGAUGUUAGGAUGCAAUGCAACAGUUCACUUGGCAGAUAAGGUAGAAAAAUAUGUCUCAUAAUGUAACAGGUUCUUGAUGAACAAUAAAAACAAAAUAGUAUGUAGCUUCCACUUCA